GAGCGCGGUCAGUAUCUGUAUCAGUAGUGUGGCGGACGGACGGCAGCGCGCGGGCUCGUCUCUAGUUUUGACCGGUUACUCCGCGCGCAGAUCCUCCGCUCUCGCGCCGCUUCUGGACGCUGGGAUCUUCGGCCGGUCGGUCGGUGACUGAAGGAAGGAGUUAGGCGAGCCGGAUCUUCUCCCGGAGCCCGGAUUCACCAGCCUAACAUCUACCGAACAUCUCCGCUCCUCUCCACGCCUCCUGCAGCUCCCGCUCCCGCCUGCAGAAUCAUGUCGGAGUACAGCUCUCUGCUGAGUGACCUGUCCGAGAACAUCACUAAUGAGGAUCUGGAGCAGCUGAAGUCGGCCUGCAAGGAGGACAUCCCAGAAGACCAGAGCAAUUCCAUCACCUCCUCCAAAGAGUGGUUCAAUUACCUGGAAAAGAACGACAAACUAGCCCAGGAUAAUCUCUCCUACAUUGAGCACAUCUUCGAGAUCUCGCGACGACCCGACCUUUUGACCCGGGUCAUCGAGUAUCGCACAACAGUGCUGAAGAUCUCAGAAGACGACGAGAUCGACACCAAACUCACGCGCAUUCCCUCUGCCAAGAAAUACAAGGACAUCAUUCGCCAGCCGUCGGAAGAUGAGAUCAUCAAGCUGGCUCCUCCCCCUAAGAAGGCCUGAGGGUCGUGGUUUGUGACCUUUACUCUUCGUCCUGGCGCUCCACCUCGUCAAAUCAUCUUCAGCCCCACCAAACACCGCCCCACCUCUCCUCCUUCACCACCACACCCCACAUCGCCCUGUGUCCACUCACCACUAGCCACCACUAACGGCCGUCGCCAACGCUUCACCCCCCGGAGACUCGAGGAAGAAGUUUAGGAAGAUCUGAAGAAUCAGGAAGAAGAUUGAGGAGAACGGGAGGGACAGUGCUGGACAGAACGAUGGAAAGGACCAGACCAGUGAACCGGUUGUUGUUAUUAUUGUACGCUUUGUGGGUCACUGCUGAGGUUGUGUCUCCUACAGUGGGUUGCGAGUGCACAUGUUUGUGAGUAUGUGAGCUUUGCUGGUUUAGAAGUGUGUGUGAGAGAGAGAGAAAGUUUUUAUUUCGAGCAGCCUGUGUAAUGGAGACGUCUGAAAGGGCGAUAAACCUGAUCUAUGUAGUAGUUGAACUGACAUGGCUGUACAUUCCCUUUAAAACUCACAAAAAUCAAUGUCCAAUCAAUCUGUUUAGACUCGUUUAAUAGAUCAUAGAUUAAUACGCCAAUAUUUGCCUUCCAUAGAGCUACAUUAUUUGUGUACAUGAAUUAUAUAUAUGAAAGGAAAACACAUUUUAAAUUAUUUUUAUGCUUUUUGUGUGGCUAAAACAGAAAUAUCCUAAGCAUUGUAAUGAAGUAUACUAUAUAGAUUAUAAUGAUGAAGAUCUUGAUCUUGAUUAUCUCAUAUAUAUAUAUUACAUGUCAAACGGGGCCAUAUAGAAUAGUGUUUGAAGUUGUAUUAUACUGAUACUGAUACUGAUCACAGUGUUUGAUCUGACAAAAGAUUAUCAGAAAUUGUAUUUACAUUUAUUCGUAUUGAUGCUAGCAACAUGGGGGGUGUUAGAUUUUAAUACUUUUAAUACCUCUAAAGGAAACGUGAAAAAAAGUAGAGAAAACGUUCUCUAGAAUAGCGACCAAAAAGGUAGAUAUCAUUCCAUGUGAGGCUGUUUUCUGUUUUCACACCGAACGGAGAAAAAUGUACUGCAGUUUUAUUAAAUAUGUUUUUUUUUAUUUUUGCUCCAAUAGAUGAGCAGUUCAUUGGUGGGUAUGGCCUUUAUUGGACAGUUUCUAAACACAAGCUGUCCAAUACCAAUCUAAAAAAAAAACGAUUUUGACUCAACAAGUAAAGUUUAGUAUGAAAGCAUGCUAAGUUGGCCUUCUGGGUCUGUAAUUAACUAGCUAUGAACAAGCUAAGCUAGUUAAAAAGCUAGCUUAAAACAACUACGAUUCCGGACCACAACACUAUAACUAUAAUAUGUGUUUGGGAUUUUGCAUCUGGGCUCCCCCUACAGUUUAAAAACUGUAAUUCACUUUCACUCCACUGCAGUUCAUACAAAUCACACUUUAAACGCACCCCCCCUCAUGGACAGCUGUACACAUGCAUUUGUUGACAAGCUGCUACCCAGGACUCCGCCCACCCACUUUUGCGGCCAAUUGGCAAGCGCCGCUGGUUCUGAAAGAGGUGUGAACUAUUGCAUAAGCAGACAUUAGCACACUGCAGUGCAUACUGUGUUCAGUGUGAAAAGAGCUCGACUUAUUUAUUGGCUUGAUUAUGAAAAUAAAGGGGAUUGUAUUUAGUCUGAUGUCACAGUAAAGCUUAAAGCUGAUUGUUUUAUUACAAUGAAUAGAGUUGAAUACUUAUGAAUAUUAUAAAAAUGCUACAAAUAACCCAAUAAACGUGACCAAGUGUAGUGAAGGUGGUGCUACAGUUAGAACAGUAGUGUAAUUGUAGGAAAGCGCUCUACACGUUAUUUAUAUUUAUAUAAAUGAAUGAAUUAUAUAAAUAUGAGGUAAGAAAGAUGCACACAAAUGAUACGGUAUAUGGUAUAAAAUAUUAACAUUAAAGAAAACAGGAUUGGAAAAGUAUGGAAAACUCUAUAUUUUAACUACUUUACGAAUCAUUCCCAUUCAGUGCGUCCACAUCCUCCAAGCCAUUAUACAUCAUCGCCCAACUGCAGAAAGACUGUUGAUUAAUAUUAAUAUUUGCUAGAUCACUGUGCCCCCUCCCCCAGCCUCGACAGACUGUUGCUUUUGCUAAGCUAAAUAGCAGUAUGCAUUCGUGUGAUGCUGAGCUUUUGUUUCUUUUUAUUUUACGUGUUUCACUGUCGUGUGGGUACAAUAGGAUAGGCGUCUUCUAAGACGUGGAAACGUGAUCUGUCUGUGACGUCCCAUUUAUUGUGAUUUUUAUUUAUCUUCUCUCAGUUUCAGCACUUUGCAGGGUACCUGUGGUUCUUCACACUGUCGUUUGCAUAAACUGUGAUUUCUCAAACCCGAGCAACCACCUAACGACCUUCUUGUUCUAGAAAGUUCUAAGCAGGAGCUGUCCAAAGUGCUGAUCUAAAACCUGUGCUAACCUUACGACUCUGUAUAUAAGAGUGGACUGUGUGACGAGAGGCUGCAUACAGUACAGCUUUUAACUUGGUGCUUAACGCUUCCAAUCCCAUAUAAGUGAAUGGAGCAGAAAGGGAAUUUAUGUUAAAAUAACACAUCCUGCAAGCAAUUCUGCAAGCUCUGACCAUCUUAGCCCAUUCCAAUAGGAUAGUUUAAGGGGUGUGUAAUAAUUAAACAAUGUGGUGCUGGUCAGCAUUAGUGUAUGAACUAAUAUAAACUGUUUUUUUUUCUCAGUUCCAAUUCAAUUACGAUACACAACUUCACUGUAAAAAAAAAUCCAGAUUACAAAACAAUUAAGUGAUUAUUUUAUCAGAAAUGUUUUUAAAGUUUGUGGAUUUUAAAAUAAUCAAGUUCAAUAUUGGACCAAGAACAAAUAUAGAUAUAUUGGAUCAGUCCCAUCUCUACAUGCAUUGAGUUGGACGUGCAUUGAGUUGAUAAAGUUGUCUUACUUAUCGUUUCUGAUGACAGUCUUGUUCAGUUGCUAGGCUCACUCCCUUUAUAGAGACAGGGGAGGGGCUUGCCACUUAGAACUAUGGCCAAAUAAACAUGGCAGCUUAUUUUUCUUCAUUUAGUUACAUUUAUAUAUUUUUUGGCUUAAAACAUUGUUUUAAAAGUAAAUGGCGACAUACAGUCCACUCUUAUAUACAGUGUUAUUUACUACGGUUCUAACGUACAGCGUCGGCUAAUGAGGAUCACUAAAAAAUAAAAUAAAAAAACAACCUAUUCUGUCCUUUUUUUCCCUCUCUUUUGCCACUUUUCCUCUUGCCAACAGUCAGAACAUUGGAGGGAUUGCGAUCUCUUUCUUGUGAUCUUUUUUGAUUGUUUGUUUGUUUUGUAUUGUUUUGCAUUUGUUAGCUGUGUUAAUGUGGACUAACAUGGUGUUGUUGGGCGGGGAGUUGGUGUGGUAUCCUAUGCAGAUCAUUUGUUCAGCCUCCAGACUCCUCCAGGCCUUUGUUAGUAUUGGGACAAAUGGAUGAUUUAGUGAACUUGUGGUGAGAUAUCUCAAUCUGAAACAACUUCAGAAGCUUUGAGUGAUGGCGGAGGCCACUUUGUGUCCAGCCCUGGUGAUAGUGAAGCGGUGCAGACAUUUCCAUUAAUAACUUUUUAUCUGUUUUCUUCAAAUAUGGUUUCCAGAUUAAACAGAUUAGCCUAAUAUAUUAUGAGAGUACUAAAGUACUAAAGCAGUGGAACUGUGAGCUCUGGAAUAAGAACAUCCAUCCAAUAGUUUUGGGUGGUUUAACUUGAGGAUUUGGGAAAGAUUGAGGCUCCAGUUCUCCACAAUCUAGUAAAAGACCUUCUUCCCUGGACAGUCAGGACAGUUCAAAAAAAGCAAGACAAGGCAAGAUAAACUCGUUUGAUUAUCCUUAAUUUUAGAUGCAACAAUAAAUUAGCAGGUCUAACAAUACUUUUCUCCAUAUAGUUUGGAUUUCGGAUUUAGAUUUAACUUUAUUGUUUGUUUUUAUUUUCAAUUAAAGAGGCAGUCCGUAUUAUUUAGUUUCUAAACUGAAAGCAGAAGCAUUUCUGAGUGGAAAAGGGAUAAAAUACUGUGUUUAAUGGUACCAGUGCGCUGAAACAACCAUCCCUGCUAAGUCUAAUAUAUUCAUUUUAAAAACUGGGGUGUCGAGUCGCUUGUCGCAGGAGUUCUUAUGGCUACGUCACGCGUCUUUACAUACUUAUGUCACAUGUACAGCCUCUAAAAGAGGAUCCGGCUCAGUUUUACUGAAUGCGAGCGGCUGGUGGAGCAAUGGAGACUUCAGAAGAGGAAACUCAUAGCUCAGAACAAAAAAAACGAAGGAUUGAAGAUUCUGACUGAGCUCUCUCUCUCUCUCUCUCUCUCUCUCUCUCAGAUUCAUCCGCUCUGAAACAAGACCGCAUCACACCCGCCCAGUUUAAAAUGAUUCUUCCGCAUGCUCGGUGCAGUUACCCAUUCUCACCAGAGAGGGACCUAAAUCCCCCAAAUCUCAAAACUUACUGACAUCAGCUUUAAACCUUUUUAAUCAAAAUCUUGUUUCAUAGAUAUGAAAGUGGGUAGUACAGUAUGCAGGUACAAAGACGCCGUUAUGAACUACAGGGCUGGACAUGGAUUGGACCUCAUCCUGGUUCUCCUCAGAUGUUGUAAACUUUUACCAUGAUGCUAAAUAUUCUUAGAGAAUCGUAUGCAUACAUUGGGGCAGAACUUCAGUAAAUCAGCCAGUUCCUUUAGGCUGAGGAAGGAAAUGGAGGUUGUUUGUUUGUGUUGCUUUAUUGCUGUUUUCCGCUGUGCAAGAGUAUCGACUUGUGAAUUUCGAUGUUCGUGAUCAUGUGACUUUGGUAGUUUUCCCAGUUUAAUCUCCGCUUGUUGACGAACUGCGUGUUGAGUUAGUUUGAGAAGACUGCAUCUCUGCAAACAAAGCACAUUUAAAAUAGUUUUUUUUAUUUCCCUUCAGAUUGUUGGAUUGUGCACUGAUGUUAAGGUUUCAUUGGCGUCCUGCACUCAUCUGGUAAAAGCAGCCGUUGUUCUGAAUUGUUGAAUUGUUGGAAAUCUGUGAUGUUGCCGUGAUGUAAAACCUGCUCGCAAUGGCGCAUGCUAAACGCAGUCUUCAUAAAAGCUGACCCCAGACCGACCGAAAAGGGCUUGACAUGUCCCCGCCGCCUCAUCUGUGAUCUUGUCAGUCAUUCAGUCUGCGGGCGGUUCUCAAAAACAGCUUCUCCCACUGCUUCCAUUGGCCAGCUCCAACAUUCAACACUUGUUUUGGAUAAAUACUUUCAAAUUCUGGUCUUGGAUUCACCCUCCAGUCCUUGAUUUUCUACUCUCUGGUAGUUAUGGCACUGGUUAACGGAUUUGCCAUCUGCUUCCAUGCCUUUAACGAUCCAACAUACCAGUUUCCAUUCCCAGAUUUUGUUCUCAGUGUUGGUAAUGGCCAUAAUUGCCAGAACAACCACUGAGGACAAAAUCCUUCACCAGAAAUUGGACUGAAGGUCAAGAUUUGAAGACGUCUGCUUCAUCAAAAGUUUAGCAUUAUAUUAUAUGGGAUCCUAAAGGGCUCUAUUUUAAGGCUUAUAAAAUUGAUAAAUGUUCAAAGUAGUUACGAGCUAAAAACUAGAUUCUUAUUGAGGUGUAGGCUUACAUACAAGAGUCUAAAGAGCUGAACAACCAACCACUGAAAGGUUCUUUAGGUGGUUCUUAGGCCACGCCCACAUGUAUGCAAAUAAUUUUAAAAGACAUACAGGGUUAGCAUGCUCAAGCAGGCAUUUCCGGCUCUGUGUGGACGAGGAAAAUCCUAUGGAGCAGUGUUUUUUCAGGCACUCUUGUCUGUGGAAUUUGAUUGGUUGAAGCUCAACUCUUGAGUACCAGUAACCACCGGUAAUGGCACUGUUGGUCUGAUGGACGUGAGAUGAGAGAUUCACAUGAGUCCAAACCCAGAGAGAUUAGACCCAGAACUAAAAUUUCCCAUUCUGUGCUCGCUGUGCUCUGUCUACAUUAAAGCGUAACUGUCCACUUCCUGGUCUAUGGGCACGUGUUUAUAUAUAUUUAUAAAUUCCCCUAUGCAGAAAUUAUCCAGCAACAGCACUGUGCGUUCUCAGCAUCGCUCUCAGUCAUUGUAAGUCAACACUGUAACCAUUAGAAAUACAUACAUGUUUAGCCAAAUAACUGACCUAUAAUAAUAAAAAUAAUAAAAAAAACAACGUGAGACUUUGACAUUUACAGUGUACGAUGAUACGGUAACAAACCACUGUCUUAAAUAUUGUGCAAAACCGUGCACACAUUAAAACGUCACAUUUUGUCAAAUUGGAUGUCAUAAUACUGUAUUAAGAACAUAUCAACUUUAACAAUGCUGCAAAAACGCUACCGCUAUAGCACUAAAGACGAGUCCGUCGUUAUUGGCCAUAACUUAACGGUUGAUUUUAGCUUUAGCUUAGCUUUACUACUAAAGAUAGUCUUAAAAUGCAACAAAGAAGGUCUAAAGAAGGUCUUAAAAUGCAACAAACUAACCACGUUCAAACUUUUAAACAACACUUUCUCAGUAGUAGUUUUCUUCUUUUUAUUAUUUUUUUUGUUUCCUGAUUCUGACUGAUAUUUUCUCCUAUACGUAAGUUGUAAAUAUAUAUUGUGAAUUUAUAGCAGUGUGUUUUAUUAUUGAUUUAUUUAUUUAAUGCAAAUGUAUUUUUUUUUGUUUUUGUGUAAUGAAAUAUAUUUACUAACUGGAAAAAGAAAAAUAUUGGGGGAAAAAAAUGUGACUAUUAACGACUGUAAAAAAACAAAACACGUGUUGAGCCUGAUUUUGGUAUUAUUUUGGUAUUAUUUCAGCAGAUUAAAAAAGUGGAAUUCUUUGGGGAGUUCGGGGUCUGGGCUCAGGACCCUUUUGCUAGCUGUCAAUAAUAUUUUGUAUUUUAAAAACUCCUCUUUAUCUAAUUCUAACUGUCAUGGUCAUUCUUUCACUGCUGUUUUGCUAUUUGUGAUUUUUCUUAUUUCAAUUUUUCAAUGUUUUUUGUUUUAGAAGUUUUUUUUCUACCAGAGCCACCACACCAGGACACGGCCUAUGCCUACUAAAAUGAAGUUGUGUGUGUUUCUGUAUUUGUUGUGUCCUUUCUUUCUUAAUGCGUCCUUUCUUUCACUCCUCCCUCCCUUUUCAAAAGGCUCAAAUGACAAUUUCUCCAACUCAAAUGAAUCAAAAGCUAAUGCUGCAUUCCAUUUGAACUCUUUCAAGUUUUUCCUUUUGCUUUUAAGUUUAAUGAAGGAAAUUUCAACUGGAACACGAAUUGGAUUUUUUUGGGGGAGCCUCACCAACCCAGAGUUUAGAAUCCAAUAUGGCCGCCUUGCACAUUAACAUUAAUUAUAGUUAAUUAGCACUUCUAUCUACUAGUGUUUCAUUAAAUCGGUGCUACACACAGUACUGUCCAACUUCUACUUCUGUGCACAUGUUCUGAACUGGUAUCGCUAACAGUGCUAAUUUGGGACAAUGCUAAUCUAGAAUAUAAUUUAGAAUAUGAGACAUAUUUUGCUUAGACUCACAAUAAAACACUGGUAAAUGAUUGUAAACCAGAUGUCAAAUAUUCUGAUGAUUGCCAUUAACAUUCGACUUCCGAUGGAAAUGGAACGCAGCAUUAAAAUAGAUUUUGAUUAAUCUGUUUUUUUUUUAAUACAUUUUUAUCAUUCUGAUUAUUCUGUUAAGCCUGUAUGAAGCUGGCUUUUGUUCUGAAUUGAUGUAAAUCAUUUGUAGUUGGUCGUUCUCUUUCUAACGAUGCUCGUUAGUGUUGCACAGUAGUACCUUGCAUCUGAACGUGUUUUUGCUUGACAUGCCGUUAUUAUUGUUCCUCUUCUUAUUAUUAAUAUUAUUGUGUAGUGAGACAUUUGGCCACGGCGAGAAAACCUUUAACAUUUUCAAUUUUUUCUUUUUUUUUUUUAUUAUUCUUUUCAGUACAGGCUGAGUUUGCUUAAUGAAACUUUGCGUACGUUCAUGGCGUAUUUUGCUUAGGUGGGCAGUGCCAUUGCUAACAGGGUAAACAUUCAAAUGAGGCCUUGGGUUAGAUGAAGAUUGAGAACCAGUCUGAGUUUAUACCUGCGGUUAGAGAUGGCAAAACUGGCAAUCAAUAUCAUACAGAAUCCACUAUUUAAAAGGACACUUAUUGUCUUAUCUAACCCUUUUUUUUUUUUAAUUAUGACGUAGAUGAGCAGAAAAGCGAGUUUGUGAGAAAUAGUUUGUAAUCUCAAAAAUGAGAAGUAGGUAAAGAAUUAGGUUGAAUGUACACGAGGUUGUGCUUUGGUUGGUUAUGGAAAUUCUGUUUAUGUGGUUUUGAAUGUGUGAGUGUUGACGUUUGGAAAGGUUUACGUAGGAGUUUUUUUUUGAUAGUCAAACGAUUCAGUGGCAAACGUGUUGAUAAAUUAGGCGUUCUAGACAGCAUAGCAUAGCAUUGGAUGGGAGUACAUUGGAUGGGUGCAAAUUAUUUCCUUUAAUAGCGGAAGAAAAGAAGCCUAGACUGCAUUUUUUUAGACGCUAUGCCAUAGAAGGCUCCCGCAAAGUGAAUAACACUUUGUAUAGCGCCAUUGUGUAAAUUAGAUUUCGAGGACGCAACUGAUGUAUCCUUCCUUAUGCUGGGUUACCAACAGUCCUCUGCAGACACAGAGGCUCAGUAGGCCAGGAGACUGACACAGUUGAAGUAUGGCAAGUUUGAAUGUGAGGUUACACUACUAGCGCCAUCAGCAUCCAGAGUCAGAGAGAGCACAAUUGGUCAUGCUCACCUAGUGCUGUUGACUGAUGUGUUCGAGCUGGACAGGCAAAGUCUUUACAGAGCAUAAGCACCCUCGACUGCAGCCUAGGCUUUGGAAGCAGCUACUGUAUAUACCUUACUGUUAUAUGUAUUUAUUGUUAUAUAAAGGCUCUUUAACUGCAACUGUUCUAGAAAUGUGAAUUAUUACAUAUUUUCAGACAUAUGAAGUUUACAUUAAGCACUAAACUAUACUCUCAUGCCUUGACCUAGUGCCAACCUGAUUCAUCUGUUUUGAGGCUUGGCAGAAAGACUUGAAAUAAUAUUAGUAUAUUAUAAGAUAUAAGAUAUUAGAGCUAUUUACAACCCGUUGUGCUCAGAAUACAGUAGAGUAUGUAUUAAAACAAGGCGAAGAAGGGUGUGUGUGUGUGUCAGUUUGGGCUUGAAGAAGCUAGAAGUGUAGAAGUUUUCUAUAGUUUUGUACAGAGGGUGACUUUGCUACAGUCUAGAUAUUCCCUCAUAUGCAGGUGUAGGCUAGAAUAGAUAGGUGUGCGAUGGGCAUGAACUGGUUGAAGGACGUUGGCGUACACUCCAUCAAAUAAAGGUGCUUCAAAGGCUUAGUUGCUAUUGGGCACAAUACCAUCGAGCAACCAAUUGUAGUCCUGCAGGUUAAUCAUUUUUGCAUUUUGAAUUAGUUGAUUUUGGGCCAAGGUAUUAGAAUGAUGGUGCUCCAUCCAAUCCAUUUGGAUGUGAUGUGCUCAAUAAAUGUAAUCAAUCAAAGGCUCACAGCAAUGCUUCACAAUCUAGAUUCAGUCAAAACAAAGACUGAGCAGGUGUUCCAAUGCUUUCGUCCAUUUAGUAUACAUCAGAUCAUUGUUUUUGUUGGGAAAACUGGUUCUCCAUGAAUCCAGUAAUGAAGUAACCCAAGUUCCACAGACUUAGAACUAAAGGCCGAAGUCUUGAUCUAGAAAACUAUAGAAUAUGGCUUCUCAACCCUUAAAAGUUCUCAAACCCCAACGAUUAACACAUUGAGCUAGUUUGUACAAUGAUAGAUUUGAUGGGAGCUCAAGAUCUUUUCUAGAGAAGAUGUUUGUUGGGAACUAAGCAGAGCAAUGAUUACCAAAAGCCUACUUCUUAAAAUUAAACUCGCUCAUGUACUCGCCAUUAUAGGGAUAUAGGGAUUCUCUUUAUUCUUGGCAAAGUUUAUAUAUUGACCUCUAGAUCUUUUGGGAGCCCAGUAACCACACUUUGAGAACCCAAGGAAAGUUUUAACCAAGUAUUUUGAAAGAGUUUCCAUUCUGAACCAUUCUUUUGGGUCCUUCUACAGUAGAUCUCUUCAUACUCGGACCUUAAAUUCAUUUUUUAAUUUUAGGACUUUAUGUCAUUGGCUGUUCAUGCCAAUGAUUUGAAGACCUGGGUUCUAGUAGGCAUGGCCAAACAGUAGUAGUACAUCUAUUCCCUUCCAGAUUCUGGAAUAAAGACCCAGAUUUGAUGACCUGCUGGUUUCUGUGUAAUGUGGCAUCGCUUCAAAAUUAUCCCUUUUAGCACCUUUAUUUCAAAGGGUGGUACUGUCAAAGAUUGGGUUUUGUUGAGUGGUUUUGUCUCCGGUAAAGAAAUAGAUUUUAUUUAAUGGUUGCUCAUGUAAAACACGUAAUAUGAUCUUCUGCAGGCAGGUGACUCAACCUUUAAAUGAAGGCCAGUGCAGGAUAGUCAGGGCAGUGGUCGUAAGGCUAAACAAGGCUACAUAAGGCUUUUAUAGCCACUGAUUUUACUACUAUUAACUUAUGUCAGCGUUUAUGAAGCCAUAUUUUAACAAGUGUAGAUGUGUUAAAAUCCACAGUGGGAAAAUCCACAAACUACAAUCUGUAGAUUAGUAUAAAGAAGAGAUUGGCAUAGUGGUGGUGUGUAAAGGUGUUGUGUAGCCUUAUGAACAGUCAUUAGAGUGUCAGAAGCUGCCAGCAGUCAGAAAAAUGGCCGAAAGUCAGACUCGUAAAGUCUCGAAACGCUGCUUAUGAUGACCAUUUUGACGUAAAACAAACUGAGACACAGGAACAACUUUCUUUCUCCCUCUUGCUCUCCUUCAGUCUCCUCCUCUUUCCCCCCAUCGACCAACCACCCCUUAACUGUCCGUGGGCUGUAGGCUGUUACAUUUCUUUUAUUUUUUUGGUUUAAUUCUUUUAUUUUUCAUGGGAAAAUUGGAUUUUUGCAAUGACAGCAUUAUUGCAGUGACAACAUUUAAAGAAUGGAAAUGUGUAAAUUCAAUUUCUGAUGGAGCAAAUUAGACUUAAACUGAAAUGAUGCCAUUAUGUCAUUGUGCUGAAAUGAGUAUAAAUAUGAUUAUAUUAUAUAUUAAAAUAUAUUUGCUAACCUA